AUGAUUCGUAGCUUUUAUUAUGGCAAGAUGUCAACUAUGGUAUGCACAACUAAAGGAUGCCGACACAAACCCUUAUGUUUAGAUUGCAUGGUCACCCAUUCAAAAAAUCAAUUAGCUAAUGUUUGCCAUUAAGAGAUUUUGAUUCAUUUAGUUAUUCGGUACCUAAAACCAAUGCCAGUAUUGAUAUUGAUUAUAAUAGAUGAGCAUUUGAGUUUUGUUAGAUAGAGUAUGCCAAUUUUGUAGAAUCAUUUGAUAUAAACUAGAAAAUAAGAAAUCAGAGUUAUAAAAACAUAUUGUCAAUUACUUCACAGAUGA